GUGUGUGUAUGUGUGUGUGUGCGUGCUUUCGGGAGCGCGUGCGCGAGCCCCCAGUGUGUGGCAGCAGCAGCAGCGGCAAAGCGAAGCUGAGGCUCUUGUUUACCAGCAUUAACUCCGCUGAGCAAAAAAAAAAAAAAAAGCAAGCAGAAGAGCGCACUAGGCGAACUAGAGAGAGAGAGGAAGAGGGAGAGGGAGAGCAAAGCUGCAAGCGAAACUGCCCCCUUUGCAACAGCAAUUUUGUAAAAUCCUUGCCAGACCCUCUUAUCCCGCUCGUUUCUCUCCCCCCUCCCCGCCCCUCCACCUUUCUCCUUCCACACCCCUUUCCAGAGGAAUUACAAACCCUUACAACACCUCUUCGGCUUUGACCUUCAGCAAACCGGAUCCCCCCUACGUUCCGGAGAGAGGAAGGUGGGGGGCGGUGUGUGUGUAUGUGUAUGUGUGUGUGUGCAAAAAGGGAAUUACAAACGUUUGCUAUGGGAAAGCAGCCGCCGCGAGAGGGGAUGCAACGCGGAGCCCCAGCCCCGGAGCAGCAGGAGUGCUGAACAGCUUCAGUGUUGCUGCUGGGGCUUUGUGUGUGUCCUGGAUUUUUUGGAAGGCGCCUGUAGCAGCAGCAGUGAGAGAGGAGGAGGGAAAGGAGAGGAGGAGGAGGAGGAGGGGGAAGCCUCUUCAUUCAUUUUUAUUCCGCAUUUUUACCCAUUUUCAGCCUCUUCAGCAACCUGGACUUUGGGGGAUAUUUAAAACUGCGUCGCAUCAUUCCGACGUGGAUACUUUGCGGCGUUUGGAAGCCUUUCCCUCUAUUUUUGGUUGGGCUUGUUUUUCCUUGCAAGGAUUGAUUUGGAUUUUUUUUUCCCUUUCUUUGCAGUUUUUUCCCCCUACUGCCUUUCUGUGUGUGUUUGAAAAUGGAGGUUGAAGAUGCAGACUGCCAGCCUCAAUGUGCUUCAUGUUUGCUACUUCUGUGUCCAUUGUAUCACUGCAGCCAGCGCUGAGGCAGGUUUGUUACCUUUUCUGUAGCAAACACCACAAAUACCUUCAUAUCUAAAGCAUCAAAAUAGCGUUGUUUGGGGACUGUGUGUGUCAGCAUCGACAGCCACAGCAUCGACAACACAUCGACCCACCACGAGGAAAGAAAUAAUUUUUCUAAAAUUACAGUUUUCGAAGGAUCUGUUUUCUCUUCUGGAUUGUUUUUUUCUCCCUUGUUUCUGGAGGGGGUGUGGGGGCGGCAGUGUGAGUUUCGGACUCCCCCCUUCCCCCCCUUUUUUUUUGGAGAAAGGGGAAUUUCGUCCUAAAUAAAAGGAAUGAAGUCUGGCGCCGGAAGAGGGUCCCCGACCUCACUUUGGGGGCUUCUGUUUCUCUUUUCCACACUUUGCCUUUGGCCAACAAAUGGAGAAAUUUGUGGGCCACACAUUGACAUUCGUAAUGAAAUCCAGGAGUUGAAGCGACUAGAAAACUGCACAGUGAUUGAGGGCUACCUCCGAAUUCUACUGAUCUCUAAGGCAGAGGACUACCGGAACUUCCGUUUUCCAAAGCUCACGGUCAUCACCGACUACUUGCUGCUUUUUCGCGUGGCAGGCUUGGAGAGCCUUAGUGACCUCUUCCCUAACCUUACAGUCAUCCGAGGGAAAAACCUUUUUUAUAACUAUGCCUUGGUGAUCUUUGAAAUGACAAAUCUCAAAGAGAUCGGGCUCUAUAACCUUAGGAAUAUCACUCGGGGGGCCAUCAGGAUUGAGAAGAAUUCAGAACUCUGUUACCUCUCCACUGUGGACUGGUCUUUGAUUCUGGAUGCUGUUUCUAACAACUAUAUUGUGGGAAAUAAAAACCCAAAGGAGUGUGGGGACCUUUGUCCGGGGACAAUGGAAGAGAAGCCAUUGUGUGAAAAGACAACCAUUAAUAAUGAGUACAGCUUCCGCUGCUGGACCACAAACCACUGUCAGAAAAUGUGUCCUAGCUCAUGUGGAAAGCGGGCUUGCACAGACCAGAAUGAAUGCUGCCACCCCGAGUGCUUGGGAAGCUGUAGUGCCCCAGACAACAACACAGCCUGUGUGGCUUGCCGCCAUUACUACUACGCGGGCACUUGUGUGCCCACCUGCCCUCCUAACACUUACAAGUUUGAGGGUUGGCGGUGUGUUGACAAAGACUUCUGUGCCAGCGUUCUCAGUGCUGAAACCAGCGAAUUUGAAAAGUUUGUGAUCCACAAUGAUGAGUGCAUGCAGGAGUGUCCCUCUGGGUUCAUACGGAAUGGGAGCCAAAGUAUGUACUGCAGCCCCUGUGAAGGCCCUUGCCCUAAAGUCUGUGAGGGGGAAAAGAAGACGAAGACAAUUGAUUCUGUAACUUCAGCACAAAUGCUGCAGGGAUGCACUGUCUUCAAAGGCAAUUUGCUCAUUAAUAUCCGACGAGGCAAUAACAUAGCCUCUGAACUGGAGAAUUUCAUGGGCUUGAUUGAGACUGUUACAGGAUAUGUGAAGAUUCGCCAUUCACAUGCCUUAGUCUCUCUGUCUUUCUUGAAAAAUCUACGCUAUAUUUUAGGAGAAGAACAGCUGGAAGGGAAUUACUCUUUCUACGUCCUUGAUAACCAGAAUUUGCAGCAGUUAUGGGACUGGAACCUCCAUAAUCUGACAAUCAAAGAAGGGAAAAUGUACUUUGCUUUUAAUCCCAAAUUGUGUGUUUCUGAAAUUUAUCGAAUGGAGGAAGUGUCAGGAACUAAAGGUCGCCAGAGCAAAGGGGACAUAAACACUAGGAACAAUGGAGAAAGAGCCUCUUGUGAAAGUGACGUUUUGCAUUUCAUUUCCAACACUACAAUGAAGAACCGGAUUAAGCUAACAUGGCAACGGUAUCGUCCUCCUGAUUACAGGGAUCUUAUUAGCUUUACUGUUUACUUCAAAGAGGCACCAUUCAAGAAUGUCACUGAGUAUGACGGACAAGAUGCAUGUGGCUCUAAUAGCUGGAAUAUGGUUGAUGUGGACCUCCCUCCAAAUAAAGAUGUCAAACCUGGAAUUUUACUGCAGGGAUUGAAACCUUGGACCCAGUAUGCUAUCUACGUCAAAGCAGUUACUCUCACAAUGGUGGAGAAUGACCACAUCCGGGGAGCAAAAAGUGAAAUUGUGUAUAUUCGUACCAAAGCUGCAGUUCCUUCUAUUCCCUUGGAUGUUAUUUCAGCAUCUAAUUCGUCCUCCCAGCUCAUUGUGAAGUGGAAUCCUCCUUCCCUCCCAAAUGGUAACUUGUCUUACUACAUAGUAAGAUGGCAGCGACAGCCUCAAGAUAGUUACCUCUACCGACACAAUUAUUGUUCCAAAGACAAAGUCCCUAUUAGAAAAUACGCUGAUGGGACCAUUGACGUUGAAGAGGUUACUGAAAAUCCUAAAACCGAAGUCUGUGGUGGGGAGAAAGGACCUUGCUGUGCUUGUCCUAAGACGGAGGCCGAGAAGCAGGCAGAAAAAGAAGAGGCCGAGUACAGAAAAGUCUUCGAGAAUUUUCUGCACAAUUCUAUCUUUGUACCCAGACCUGAAAGGAGGCGGAGGGAUGUCUUCCAAAUUGCCAAUUCUACGAUGCCCAGUCGGAACAGGAACACUACAGUGGCUGAUCACUUCACCAACAUGUCAGACGCAGAAGAGAUUGAAACAGAAUACCCAUUCUUUGAGAGCCGAGUGGAUAAUAAAGAGAGGACUUUAAUUUCUCAUCUCAGGCCUUUUACUUUGUACCGAAUUGAUAUUCAUAGUUGCAACCAUGAAGCUGACACUCUUGGCUGCAGUGCUUCUAACUUUGUCUUUGCCAGGACCAUGCCAGCAGAAGGGGCAGAUAAUAUUCCUGGGCCCGUGCUGUGGGAAGAAAGGCCAGAUAAUACUGUCCACUUGAAGUGGCCAGAACCUGAAAAUCCCAAUGGACUGAUAUUAAUGUAUGAAAUAAAGUAUGGUCAGCAAGUAGAGGAUCAGCGGGAAUGUAUUUCCAGACAGGAAUACAGGAAAUUUGGAGGGGCCAAGCUUACACGGCUGAACCCUGGGAACUAUUCAGCCCGUGUUCAGGCCACCUCUCUUUCUGGGAAUGGAUCAUGGACUGACCCUGUAUUCUUCUAUGUCCCACCCAAAAGACAAGACUAUGAAAACUUCCUUCACUUAAUGAUUGCUCUCCCUAUCGCAGGAUUAUUUAUAGUUGGUGGGUUGCUGAUAAUGUGGUAUGUCUUCAAUAAAAAAAGAAACAGUGACAGAUUAGGGAAUGGAGUUCUAUAUGCAUCUGUCAAUCCAGAGUACUUCAGUGCUGCAGAUGUAUAUGUUCCAGAUGAAUGGGAGGUACCUCGAGAGAAGAUCACCAUGAGCCGAGAACUUGGGCAGGGUUCAUUUGGGAUGGUAUAUGAGGGAACUGCUAAAGGAGUGGUGAAAGAUGAGCCUGAAACCAGGGUUGCCAUCAAAACAGUCAAUGAGGCAGCAAGCAUGCGAGAGAGAAUUGAAUUUCUCAAUGAAGCUUCAGUAAUGAAAGAAUUCAAUUGUCAUCAUGUGGUGCGGUUGCUUGGGGUAGUGUCCCAGGGACAGCCAACGUUGGUCAUCAUGGAAUUGAUGACAAGAGGGGAUCUCAAAAGUUACCUCCGAUCUCUGAGGCCAGAGACAGAGAAUAAUCCAUGCCAGAUGCUUCCAACCUUAAAGAAGAUGAUUCAGAUGGCUGGAGAGAUUGCUGAUGGCAUGGCAUAUCUCAAUGCCAACAAGUUUGUCCACAGGGAUCUGGCUGCAAGGAAUUGCAUGGUUGCCGAAGAUUUCACAGUCAAAAUCGGAGAUUUUGGUAUGACAAGAGAUAUCUAUGAGACAGAUUACUACCGAAAAGGAGGUAAAGGAUUAUUACCUGUUCGAUGGAUGUCUCCAGAGUCACUUAAGGAUGGAGUCUUCACAACCCAUUCUGAUGUUUGGUCCUUUGGUGUUGUCCUCUGGGAGAUUGCAACAUUAGCAGAGCAGCCCUAUCAGGGCAUGUCUAAUGAACAAGUUCUCCGGUUUGUUAUGGAGGGUGGCCUUCUAGAGAAACCAGACAACUGCCCCGAUAUGCUGUUUGAAUUGAUGCGUAUGUGUUGGCAGUACAAUCCCAAAAUGAGACCUUCUUUUCUGGAGAUCAUUGGCAGCAUCAAAGAUGAGCUGGACCCAGGCUUCAAGGAGGUCUCCUUCUUCUACAGUGAAGAGAACAAGCCUCCAGACACGGAAGAGUUGGACCUAGAGACUGAGAACAUGGAGAGCAUUCCCUUAGACCCUUCCUCCACCCUCCAGCCGGCUGACAAACACUCAGGACAUAAAGCCGAGAAUGGGCCUGGUGUGGUGGUCCUCAGGGCCAGCUUUGAUGAAAGGCAGCCUUAUGCGCACAUGAAUGGAGGACGCAAGAACGAAAGGGCCUUACCUUUGCCCCAGUCUUCAGCCUGCUGAUCCUUGGAUCCAGAAUCCCAUGCAAACAGUAACACACGUACACUGGGGUUGGGGAGGGGGGGGUGGAGGGAAAAAGAAAUUUAACAAUAUAUUCAAAAGCCUACUGUACCUCAGUGGAUCUUCAGAACUGCCAUCGCUGCACACAGGAGACCCCUAUCUUCAGUAAACAACACAUUGAAGAUUUUUUCUUUUUUUUUUUCAAUAUGCAAGCAGAUGUUUGUUUCAGUAAAGGAUUCCUCAAAUGAGGCGGGCCUUUAAAAACUUUACUGGUAACAUUUAAUAGCAACAGAAAACUUGAGGUCUGAUUUUCCUCUCUCUCUCUCUCUUCCCCUGUCGUCUUUUUUUAUAUCCAUCUCUGUCCUCUCACACACAGUACAUUCUCUCUUGGCUUCUUAAGGAGAAACAUAUCUGCGUGCAAAUCCAACCAUAAAGCACUUUUUAUCAGAUCAAAGAAAUGGCUGGCUGAGUGGCCCCUAUUACCCCCUUGCAAGCACCUGCCUAACAAUAUAUAGGUCUUUAUAAAAUCAAGUUAAGAGACUGGAUUUUUAACCCUGCUCUUUCAACCUUUUUAAUAACUCAUGAAAUUUUAAAAGGGCCAUCGUUCAUUCGAGGUUGUUACCAUUUUCAAUGCUGCCAAAUUUUGCCAAAAACCCAAACUUUUCUUUUUCCUUAAAUUUUUUUUCUUGUUGUUGUCAUAGGCAUGGAAAGAGCACAGUAAUCAAUUUUGCUCCAUACAAAACAAAACAAAACUCUAGUCAUCUUCUCCACCCAAUCAGACACUGGUAUUCUUUUUACAUUUUACUUUUAAAAAGAAAUCAAAUUGCUUUUUGUCUAUCUAGAUUAUUGUUAUUUUGGGGAACUGGACAAAAUAUUCCUUUCUUGUGAUGGAAGUGGGAAGGAACUGAACUGAUUUCCCCCUAACCCCCCCCCCCCUACCUCCUCUCCACUCUCUGGCCCCUGGGAAUUCUGGAGAAAACUGGCAGUGGUGAGAGCCAGAAAUACACGCUUCACACACACAGUCAGCCGCACGCCAAACUCCCCUCACCCAGCCCCUCCUCCCCAUUCAUCUUUCCCCACCUCACCCCCACCCCCCAAGGACACAAACCAGAAGGGAUCUCCAGUGAUGCAGCCUGCCCCUCUUUACAGGUUUGCAAGGAAAGAAAUUUAAAACAAAACGACACAAAUGAGAAGAAAAAGCAGUAAAUGGAUUCAAGCAUAUUAAGCUUUGUUGACAUUUUCUCUGUUAUUAAGACUUCUUAAAGGGUCUUAACAGUUCUCUGUUAGACCGUGGAUCAUUUGCAUACACAUCGUCUUUAAUGUCACUUUUAUAACUUUUUUACGGUUCAGAUACUCAUCUAUAUGUCUGUACAGAAGAAAAAGCUGCUAUUUUUUUUGUUCUUUAUCUUUGUGGAUUUAAUCUAUGAAAACCUUCAGGUCUACCCUACUUCCCUUUCCCCCUUCCAACAAAGUUCUUAUGCUUUGAACUAUAGUGUGUAACUUUCUUCUUCUCCCAGUAAUUGAUACUUGUAUAACAUGAUUUGCCAUGAACUGUUUGAUGCCUUUUUAUAAAUGCAUUUCCCUUCCUUGUUCCCACCCCCAUUAGUUGUUUUUUUUUUUUAAACACAUUAGCUAUGUGGGCACAGGGCUCAAGAGGAAUAUGGGAAUUGGGGGUAAAGGAAGAUGCAUGUCCCCUGAUCAUCCUCUUCAGUGCAGCCUAGGGGUUCUUUUUAUGACAUUCUCAUUCUCCCUCCCUUCACCCACUUCCUUAACCCAUACCCACAUAGCACUCGAGUCUGUUACAGUGCAAGGCAUGAUACAAACUCAGGUCAGAAAAAAAAAAGGUUAAAUAUUUAGUACAUUCUUGUUCAGUGUUCAUAUUCAUCAUUGUCGAAGAGUCUCACCAUCUCCCUUGCCUUUCUUUUGAUUGUGACACACACAUAUAUAUCUAUCUCUAUCUCUCUUUUUCUCUCUUGCUCUCUCUCUACAUAUAUAAAUAUAUAUAUAAGUAUAUAUAAAUAAUAUCUAUUUUUUUAAUUGUUGGGUACAACAGCGGUUUAACUGCAGACACUAGGCAUUUGGGUCACUAUUUUUUAAAAAGAAUAUUUUAACCCUUCCAUCCCAUGAACAACAGCUGCUUCAUCCAAAUCCUUCUCCGCAGAUAGAUCACCAUGUCACAUGAGUGACCCUAAGAGCACUGAUUUGAUCAGAUUUAACCAUUUUUCUAGUUGGAAAAAUAACAAAAAGAACAGUUUUUGAAUUGUACUUUUUUCCUACCUUCCCCACUCCCUACCCCAACUUCUCCCCCACAAGCAGCUACUUAAGAAAAUUGCAUCUGAAUGAGACUAGGCAAAAAGUGAGCUAAGUGGUUGACAUCCGCAGAUUGUUGAAAAAGCUGAACCAUGGGAAACUGUUUGGAUCUGGUGGUCUGGAUGUAGACCUGACACCAGACCAAGUAGCUUGUUUCAUCUGCAAAAGCCUUGGUAGCUGGGGCAAGGCACAAAAACUCAAGGUGUUUGUUAAGGUCAGUACCCACGUUUGCUUUUGGCAUUGCUCCCAUGAGGGAUGGCAGCCCAAGAGUUGUUCUGGGAUGGAAAUGUUUAAAUUUUGGAAUAAGAACAAAGAAUUAAAAUAGAAUAUAGUUGUGACUGGAGAUUAAAAAAAAACAAAAACAAAAAAAGUUUGUAGUGCUUUUUGCUUGUAUAGUUUGAGUCCCACUUUCUUCUCUAGCCUCUGUCCGAUAGUUAUUUUCCCUUUAAAAAAAGAGAAAAGAAAAAAAAGAAGAAAAAGUUAAUUAAGAAGGUAUUCUAUGUAGGAUUUUUUAAUUUAUUUUUUUUUUUGUGAUAUCAGUUUAAAUCACUGUAGAGAUGCCCCAUAAUGAAUUUAAAUACUGAGAUAUGGGUUUUUGUGUAUGACGGGGACAGUUUUUGAUUUUUUUCGAACAUUUAUCUACCUCACUCUUAUUUUUUAUAUGUGUAUAUAUAUAAAAAGAAUACAUCUCACAUUUCUCAGCACCUGACAAUAUGCCGUUGAUACUGGUAACCUCAUUCACACUACAGACCACAUACACUAGGUUAUAGAGAGGAGUGGCCAGUACUUUAUUCCAAGGGGUCAAAGCAUUCUAACUCAUCUGUCUCCUAACAUUUCCAAACAGCUUGCCUUUUCCUAUUGUUUUUCUUGGGUUUUUUUGUUUGUUUGUUUGUUUUAAAACUGUGGGAUAGGAAGAAGUCAGAGAGCCCAGAGAGGCUUCUGUGACUUAGCAUAGUCGUGUUAGGGAACCUAGGGGUAUUUGUUUGUUUGUUUGCUCUCUUGAGGCUGCUGUCAUAAACGAAGCAACCAUUGCAGCCUGGGAGAGUGGCUACUUGUCCAUCCAUGUCUAAUGAUAACUGUCUCUGAAACUGACUGCUCUAUGCGAAUUGAAUGAUGAAUAACUUAUUCAUAAGCCAGAGCCAGUUGUUUACAAAGUUUCCAGGAUUGGGGUGGUACUGAGUGAAGCAAAUAGCCUUUCUGUUAAAAUUCCAUAGACUGGCAUAAGUUGUUUUUUGUUACCUCCUCUCAGAUGCCACUUGCACCAUGGAUUCUACCAUGAAUCACAAGUCCAGGAAAGCUUUGGUAGGAAAAUGCAGCCCUUGUUGAGUUGUAUAGUGCUCUAAAAGUUACCAAUUGGGAAAUUAUAGUUCUUAACGUUUGCCAUUGCUUCUUACCAAGAGUUGCAGAUCUCUCACAGGUAAUAAUGAAUAAUCCAAAACAGAAUUUGCUGGAUAGCAAUUUUCUCUACUCUUCCCUACUUCUCUCUUGGUCUCUUUUUUUGGUCUCCUAGAAAGAAAAAGCAACACUAUACCAAACUAUGGAUUCUAAGGGACUGUCGAUCAAAUUUUACUUUCCCUUUCAGAGUUUUUAACUGAUUACUGUCUACUUGUCCUAACCUAAUCCUGCCAUUAAUAUGGCCUGACUCACCUGAUUCUGGCAGCUGCCCUCGUAGAGGGCUCUGAUGGCAGUAUUUGAGAAACAUAUGGUCAACUUUACCAAGGUAGGGAUGGCUUCUUGAAAAAUUCAGCUUUAUCAUUGAGCUCAGGAGCACUCUCUGUCCUUGGGGAGAGCAUUACUUUUCUCAGAGGUCCUCUGAGUUCCCAAGAUCAUAAUAUUUUAUCAGGGUUUUCCUCUCUUUCUUAAGUGACCCCUUGGUGUAGUGACCCCUCCUCUUUUUUGCACAUACUGGUUUCCACAACUGGAGAUCUGCAGAUCAUUCAGCUGGCUAUGAGGGUUUUGUUAAAACUGUCCAAGUUGUGUGUGUUUUUUUUUUAAUAUAGGUGGUUUAAAAAAAAAGUAGGAAAAAACACUAACAAUGUAGCGCCCAUCAUGAAAAAAAAAACAUUUCAGAAGCACUUAACUAAAAAGAACAUAAGCCUAUGUGAUGGUGCAGUCAUCUUUCCAGGACCAAGCCACCUUCGCUAUACCAAGGCAUUUUAUAGUCACAGUUCUAGUCUGAUUUCAUGUUGAUUUCCACCGCUCUUUGAUUUUUCUUCUUUGUGUAAUCCAAAUAGCUUUAUGAAUCUGAAUUGUGGCAUUUUCCAUGCAAUCUCCUCUUAACAGUAAAUCACACUGCUUUAGUAAUGUGAACCACUGAGAAUCGACAUUGGCUUUUGUAUUGGCAUUAUAUAAUUGUUCUGUGCAGCCUAUUCCUGAGACACCACCAGCUUGUCUGCUCUGGAAAACUUGUCUAAUGUCACCUGUUAGAACCAAACGGUAGCACUUCUCAUUUGUAUCACGUGAGAAGAUGCUACUAAACUCUGUACGACACAAGAUUGCCGCCAUGGAGGGAACAAGGCAACUUUCAUGUCUAGCACUGGGCCAUUCUUCUAGCCUCUCUCAUCCUCUUUGGAAGUGUUUCAGUGGUCAAGGAGGUGGUUUAGUUUUUAGUAAACAAACACAUAAAAAGAAGGUGGCUAUUGUGGAACUACCAAAGCAUGCCAUACUUGGUAUCAAAUUUUGUUUGGGAAGAUAGAAAUAUCAGCCAAGUGUGAUGCUAAAUUUGAGGCCAGUUCAUGUUCCACCAAAGCCUCUUUCUCACUGUGACAGCUCCGUUCUGUAAGCAGGUUGUGAUACAUACUUUGGUCGUGGUUUGUUCUCACUGAAGCUCAAAUUGGUGGGAAAGCCCAAGGUGCUGUGAUCAGCUGGUCCCCAGAUGUUGCUUUGAGAUUCUCGGAGAGCAGUUUUGAGUUGUAGAGGAAAAGUCUAGUCCAACCUAAUGACACUCCUCCAUGAAAUGCCCUACCCAUUCCAGUAGCAAGCAUACCAGUAAUGUCUUUAAGGUUUGGGUUUUGGUGUUGUUGUUUUGUUGUUGUUUUUUUUAAUUAAUGUUACUCUUUUGUUUGUCAACUGUCUAUUAUUUCCUGGGCUAAGCAACGAUGGGAAGGUACCAGAGAUCCACUCCUUAAGAACCAGUGAUGAAGUUCAAACUUUGUAACUCUACUCUGAAGUAGUUGGUGGUACAAAUAAGAUUUCAAAGAGAAGAUAUUGUUUAGAUUAAACAUUUAUUGCCAGAGAUGCUGAAGAUACAGACCUGAGACAGGCCAGAAUGCUUUUAAUUUUGGCACUCAACUAAGAGGACUGGUUAUUCUUAGUAAAAACAUAUGAAUGACUGUUGCUGGUUCAAUAAUGAGUCAGUCAAUAGGAAGCCAAAUCUACUAUACUGAUAUAUUAAAAGGCUAUGGAAUUGAGGACAUAAGGGUACAGAGCUUAGAAGUUUGGGGGAUUUUCUGCUCUUGAUGGCUUCUGAAGGUCUCAGAUCACAUCAAAGCUUAGAAAUCUUACAAGAUCACUUGGUUCCUAUGAAUAAACCAUCUAAUGUCCUGCUUUGGAAACUGUUACCAAGGAAUUUGCUUCAAAUUGGUCAAUGAUAUGAAUUUCUGAUGCAGGUGUCAUUUCUGGGAUAUGUCUUUAGUUUUUACCUAAUGGCAUUACCCAUUUGUGUGUGUGUGUUUCAGCAUCUUUUUGGUAAACAUUAUGUUAAUUAGUGAUUCAUUAGCAUUUUCAAUAGGGCUCUUAAGUCCAGUAGAUUACGGGUAGUCAGUUGACGAAGAUCUGGUUUACAAGAAAUAAUUAAAUGUUUCAUUGCAUUUUUGUAAGUACAUAGAAUAAUUUUAUAAAAUGUUUGUAGUUUAUAAAUGCCUAAAAUAAUUUAAAGGCACUUUUUUCUCUGUGUGUGCAAAUGUGUGCAUGUGAUCAAUUUUUUUGAGGGUACCAGUUUACUAGUUAGCUUUACAGUAUGCCAAAAAGGAUCUUUACCUUCCCCAAACCGUGGUCACCCCUCCCCCCCAUCCCCACCCCUCAAGCUUUGUGCCCUGGUUUAUAAAAAAGGAAUGGUGAUAUUGAUGGAAUUAGUAGUUCUGUAUCUUCAGUAUCUUGGUCUUCCAGAACCCUCCAGUUGGGGGUGGGGAUCAUCUCUAGCUGGUCAUUGCGCUUUAUAGUGUAGCUAACUCAACAAAUUGAAAGAACCUCAUUGGUUAUGGAAACAGAAUGAGUGUUAUGGCAAACUAAGCAGCCCAAGUCACAUUAUUUAAUACCUGGUUUUGUUGUUUUGUGGUAAUUGUUGUGAAAUGCCAGAUAAAUUGAAGGAUUUGACUACACAGCAGACAGCCUAACAGUUUUUAUAGUGAUCAUGGCAUACAGAUUUAUUCCUUUAAAAUAUUCUGUAUGCAAAAUAUGCCAUUUGGUUAGCUGCCUUGUAUCAUGAUUAAAGCUUUGUUUAAAACUAACAAGGAAGAGUCCCUAUUUAUUUUUAUUUAAGUUGGAACACCGAAGAUACAUUUUUCUGCUCCAAAAAAAAAUAUUUCCUGCCUCUGCUUCCCCCAGCUUCUGACAUAUGAUAGGCUAUGCCUACACAACCCCACAACAAUUCACAUCUUUGAAAAUAGCUGGAUGUUUUGCACUAUGGCAACAAAAGGUCUGAUUGGUUGGUUUUUUGUUCUUUUUUUACUUUUCGUCCAGAUGUUUGGUGUUGUGUAGACACAGCCAUGGAGAAAAUAGAUGCCUUGAGAAAACACCUUUCUGUUUUCUAAGCCAGUGAGGUUUGAGGUGAAAGGAUUGGCCAGAGUUUGUCUACCUCUGGGAUGAAAACAAAACCAGAAAGCUCUAUGGAACUGAUGCAUUGCAAAUACUACAUUUUCCAAGUUUUCUUGUUUAAAAAAAGUUUUUUAAAAAAUAAAAAAAUAAUAACAUGGCCAAUUUGUUACAUAAAAUGACUUUCUGUGUAUAAAUUAUUCCUAAAGAAAUUCCUGUGUUUAUAUAAAAUGAAUCAGUAGAUGAUGAAAAAAAUUUCAAAAUGUUUUUGUAUAUUCUGUUGUAAGAAUUUAUUCCUGUUAUUGCGAUAUACUCUGGAUUCUUUACAUUAUGAAAAAAAGAAACUUUGUCUAUUUUGAAUGGCUGAAGCUAAGGCAACUUUAGUUUCUCUUACUCAGCUUUUUUCUAGUAGUUACAGUACUACAUGAUUUUAAGUUAAAUAAAAGAAUUCUGUAUGCA